UUCAAAUGUUCUGUCCGAGCAAGUUAAUUCAAUUUGGAAUCUUCUGCUGUCUCGCAUUCCUGAUCUAAUUUGGUCGACAUUUUGUUUUUGGUGGAUCUGAAGAAAAAAGAGAGCCAUUGUUGUCUUUUGUGUCUCUGGGUGAUAUAUAAAGAGAGAGAGAGAUGGAUCCAAUAUCAGCUGUUAGCGAAGAGCUGGCUGAGAUCGAAGGACAAAUCAAUGAUCUUUUCCGCGCUUUAUCGAAUGGAUUCCAAAAGCUGGAGAAGAUCAAAGAUGCUAAUAGGCAGAGUAGGCAACUCGAAGAACUCACUGACAAAAUGCGUGACUGUAAGAGCCUUAUUAAAGAUUUCGAUAGCGAAGUCAAAAGCUUGGAAAGUGGAAAUGACGCCAGCACUAACCGGAUGUUGAAUGAUAGACGACAAUCUAUGGUUAAGGAACUAAACUCUUAUGUUGCUCUUAAGAAGAAAUAUUCAUCCAGUCUAGCUAGCAAUAAUAAGCGAGUUGAUCUUUUUGAUGGACCCGGUGAAGACAACAUGGAAGAGAAUGUCUUAUUAGCUUCCAACAUGUCCAAUCAAGAACUCAUGAACCAAGGAAACUCCAUGAUGGAUGACACUGAUCAAGCCAUUGAGAGAGGCAAAAAGAUUGUUCAGGAGACUAUAAAUGUGGGAACAGAUACUUCUGCAGCUCUCAAGGCUCAGACCGACCAAAUGAGUAGAGUUGUCAACGAACUUGAUUCUAUUCAUUUCUCACUCAAGAAGGCCUCCAAGCUCGUCAAGAAAAUUGGUAGGCAGGUAGCCACGGACAAAUGUAUUAUGGCAUUUCUUUGUCUUAUUGUCAUUGGUGUCAUAGCAAUCAUCAUCAUUAAGAUUGUGAACCCAAACAACAAGGACAUCCGCGACAUACCAGGCCUAGCUCCACCAGCCAUGAACAGACGUCUACUCUGGAACCAUUACUGAAAACGUUUGGGCACGCUUCUUGCUACUGUAGAUAAAACCGCCUCACUUGAGGAAAUUAACCAGUUUUUUUUUUUUAAUUCCCAUGGCUCUUGGCUGCUGCGCAUUUGACAAGUCUGAGGAAUCAAAUUCCCAUUCGUGACACUCCCAGGAUCAAAAGCCAUCCAUCGUUUUUUGUCAUGUGUUUCAGUGUUUGUA